AGAGAGAGAGAGAGUAGUAAGCAGCAACACUUUGGUGUGAACGGGGAAGCAGGCGCGCGGCCCGGGGACCCGCCGGAAGAAGCAGCAGCUUCAGCGCGAGCCGGACGCACAGCGACAAAACACCGGCAGCACGAGCGACACCGAGGCGGUCAGCGGGGCGGAGAGGAGGAGGAGGAGGAGGAGGAGGCUCAUGCGCUCGUUCUCCCCCGCUGCCUCCAUCGUCGCUCCCUCUCUCUGUUCGCUCUCCUCACCCCUCGUUCCUGUCGGACUCGCUUCCUCGUUAAGAUGGCUGACCCCAACAGCGACGGAGAGGUACCGGAGAGCGCGCGCGGCUUCGCCCGUCAGGGAGCCCUCCGCCAGAAGAAUGUGCACGAGGUGAAGAACCACAAGUUCAUCGCGCGCUUCUUCAAGCAGCCGACCUUCUGCAGCCACUGCACGGACUUCAUCUGGGGCUUUGGGAAGCAGGGAUUCCAGUGCCAAGUGUGCUGUUUUGUGGUCCACAAGCGCUGUCAUGAAUUUGUCACCUUCUCCUGCCCGGGGGCCGACAAGGGACCUGCCUCCGAUGAUCCUCGAAGUAAACACAAGUUUAAGGUCCACACUUACUCCAGCCCGACCUUCUGUGACCACUGUGGCUCCCUCCUCUACGGGCUGAUACACCAGGGCAUGAAAUGUGACCACUGUAUGAUGAACAUCCACAAGCGGUGCGUGGCCAACGUGCCGAGUCUGUGUGGGACCGAUCACACCGAGAGGAGAGGACGCAUCCAGAUCUCUGCCCAGAUCAAAGAGGACACACUGACCGUCACCAUCAAAGAGGCUAAGAACCUGGUGCCCAUGGACCCCAACGGCCUGUCAGACCCCUACGUCAAGCUCAAGCUGAUCCCAGAUCCCAAGAGUGAGAGCAAGCAGAAGACCAAGACCAUCAAAUGUUGCCUCAACCCCACCUGGAAUGAGAGCUUCACCUUUAGCCUAAAAGAAAGUGACAAGGACCGCCGUCUAUCGGUGGAGAUCUGGGACUGGGAUUUGACCAGCAGGAACGACUUCAUGGGAUCCCUGUCCUUCGGGAUCUCAGAGCUACAGAAACAAGGGGUGGAUGGAUGGUUUAAGCUUCUCUCCCAGGAGGAAGGAGAGUACUUUAAUGUUCCUGUGCAGCCAGAAGGAGAGGAAGGCAACGAGGAGCUGCGGCAAAAAUUCGAGAGGGCGAGGGUGGGUCCAGGGAAGCCCACAGACUCCUCUUCCUCCUCCUCCGUCUGCAAGUACGACAGCAAUGGCAACCAGGACCGGGUCAAGCUCUCGGACUUCAACUUCAUCAUGGUCCUGGGCAAGGGCAGCUUUGGCAAGGUGAUGCUGGCAGAGAGGAAGGGCACUGACGAGCUGUACGCCAUCAAAAUCCUGAAGAAGGAUGUCGUGAUCCAGGACGACGAUGUGGAGUGCACCAUGGUGGAGAAGAGAGUCCUCGCUCUGUCUGGGAAACCACCUUUCCUCACUCAGCUGCACUCCUGUUUCCAAACCAUGGACCGAUUGUAUUUUGUCAUGGAGUAUAUAAACGGAGGAGACCUUAUGUACCAGAUCCAACAGGUCGGCAAGUUCAAGGAGCCUCAUGCUGUGUUCUAUGCUGCAGAGAUCGCCAUCGGACUCUUCUUCCUUCACUCUAAAGGCAUCGUGUAUCGGGAUCUGAAGCUGGACAACGUGAUGCUGGACGCCGAGGGCCACAUAAAGAUCGCCGACUUUGGCAUGUGCAAAGAAAACAUGUUUGAUGGAAUAACAACAAAGACUUUCUGUGGAACACCGGACUACAUCGCUCCAGAGAUCAUAGCGUAUCAGCCUUAUGGGAAGUCUGUGGACUGGUGGGCCUUUGGAGUUCUGCUCUAUGAGAUGCUUGCCGGACAGCCGCCUUUUGACGGCGAGGAUGAGGACGAGCUGUUCCAGUCCAUCAUGGAGCAUCAUGUCUCCUACCCUAAAUCCAUGUCCAAAGAAGCUGUUGCGAUCUGCAAGGGGCUCAUGACCAAGCACCCAGGUAAGCGUCUGGGCUGCGGUCCAGAGGGGGAGCGGGACAUCAAGGAGCACGCCUUCUUCCGCUAUAUAGACUGGGAAAAACUGGAGAAUAAAGAAGUCCAGCCGCCUUUCAAACCUAAAGCUUGUGGGCGUGAUGCGGAGAACUUUGAUCGCUUUUUCACGCGCCACCCCCCAGAGCUGACCCCCCCAGAUCAGGAGCUUAUAGCCAACCUGGACCAGGAAGAAUUCCAAGGCUUCUCAUUUGUUAACCCUGAGUACCCUCACUCAACUCACUGACCAUGCCACAUAUCACUGGGCUGCACUAGUUAUCCCCCCACACCUCAGAAACAUACAUUAAAACAAAACAAGAAAAAAGAUUUUAAAAAAAACAAACAAAAAAACCCACCAUGAUGUCAUAUCCAGGAUGCGUUCAGCUGGGUGAAACGUUAAAGGAAUAGUUCAGCAUUUUGGGGAAAUAUGCUUCUUCACUUUCUUAACUGUUUGAUAAGAGCAAUGUCAUCAACCUCGUACCUGUGUGUGGAGCUGGAAAUGCAAAGGAAUUAGCCUAGCUUAGCAUAAAGACUGGAGGCAGUAACAAGCAAAAACAAGAAAAUAUUUAUAUCAUGCAGUCCUCCCAAAGGUGCUGGAUUCUCGAGAAAACUGCUAAGACCUGCAGGGCGAGGCUGACACAGCUGUUUGUUAGCAUUUCUAGCUUGUCUGAAAAAUGCCGUAAAAGCUUGUUAAUCGACCUGAUUGGUUCAUCUUUGAUAUGUUAUUUUGUAUAUUUCAUCAAGGAAAACAAUUGGCGUAAACCUCAACAGUCCCAUCAAAUUUCAAGUCAAUAAUAUGUUAUUUGAAGGCACAGUUCAUUCAAAAAUGAAACUUCAGUCAUUAAGUACUUGCCCUCAUGCAGGUGAUUAGCUAUCUGUCGGUCAUGUGACCCUCGCUUGCAGGUCACUGCAGUUGGUUGAGAGUCAACUCUGAUAGCUGUAUUUUUGAGGAGCGCCUUGGCUUUCAGUCUCCUUUGCUAAGUUAAACUAGUCACCUCCUAGCUCCAGCUCUGUACCUGAUCUACAGAGACAGAAGCAGUGUCAAUCCUCUCAUCUAACUCUCGGAAAUAAAUCAAAUAACUACAUAUAUUCCCUCAAAACGCCAAACUAUUCCUUUAGAUAACGUUCAGAUGGAAAUGCAGACAGGUGCUCUAAUGCUAACAAUCAGGAGAAAAAACAGAUAUUCAUGUGUCAAGUUGCCAGUAGGAGUCUUGUUUCCAGCGGUGGCACUGUUCUCAGUUUACUUUGGUUUAGCAUGUCAUGUUACACUGCUGCUCUCAUAUCAGCUCUACUGGCUGUAUUUCUAUCUUCAGUGCAGAGAUGUUGCUCCUGAAUGCUGCCCGGCUGCUCACACCAGCAGGUUCAUGCUGGAGUCCGGCCUGAGCCUGCUCUGUCUCUGUGUCACCCUCCCUGUAAUUGCAUAUUGACUAUGAAGAUCAGUAAUAUUGAUGAGUGUACUAUGAUCACAUAUUGGUAAUAUUCAUACAGUGUAAGUGAAAACUGACCAAUUGCUUUGCUAUGAUUGUUUGAGUACUAAUCAGUUUCCUGAUGUUGACUUUACUUUUGUCUAUAGGACCAAAUACUUCUACACUUUCUGUUCAGUCAGUGUUGUGGUGAGCUUAUCGGAAAAUCUUUUGCUGAUUCAAUUUUUAACCAGUCACAGGAUAGAAGUCUUUAUACAUGCAGUCUGAAAGAGUGUAAGUCUGCGUCGAGUUAGUGAUUUUUGAUGGAUAGCUUGUUACUUUUCUCCUGAUUCAACAUUCUCCACACGACACUGUGUUUUUAAUGACAGAGGGCAUAUCUUCUCAGCUCGUAGACAACCAGUUCUGGAUGGUUUUACACAUGACUGAGCCCUGCGAGUCUCGUGAAGCUGAUAGUUUGUUAGCUUAAAAAAAAACAACAAAAAAAACGGGAUGUCCAAAAGUGCCAAAUAGGGUUCAGAAUCACGAGGAUGUGGAAGGAUAUCAUCCUCAAUUAACUGUGAUGAAGGGCAGCCAUCUUGUGCCAUUUUGCAGUACAUGUAUGAUUAUUAGAAUAUGCAUUAUAGCUUAUCUGUUCUCCAACAGUACAAUACCACUGGAAAGUCAUUUUCAUGUGUAAAAUGAAUCGUCCGAGCAGACGUGUGUUUCAUUGUGAGGCAGGUUGUAUUUUCCUUUUGUAACCGUGUAACGAUGCAGGUUAGUAAUAAUGUGUCAAAUCUUGUUCUUUGAGCUCGUAUCAAAAAGGGAGGCGGCAGCACGGCGACGGCGCUGAUUUGUUUCUGUUGUAUAAAGAUGCUCGCUGAUAAAGAUGAUGGUUCUGUGAGACAAUGGUAACGGUGACGUAAUGGGAGAGAGAAAAUAUAUAUAUAUAUCAAGUUCUAUAUCAGAGAGAUAUUUGGAUAAAUUGUUCUGGAUGAGAGAGAUGCUUCUGUGGAUUGUGUAAUUGUCCUGUAUGACUGGAAACUGAUAAUAUACUCACUGGUGCCUACCAGACUCCCUC